AUGUCAUCCAGCACCCUGAAUGAGAGCGCUGCACCAGUAGGGCUCAAAUGUGAACGGCCAGUGUCUCUCUGUAGGCUCAAAUGUGAAUGGCCAGUGUCUCUCUGUAGGCUCAAAUGUGAAUGGCCAGUGUCUCUCUGUAGGCUCAAAUGUGAAUGGCUAGUGUCUCCCUCUAGGCUCAAAUGUGAACGGCCAGUGUCUCCCUGUAGGCUCAAAUGUGAACGGCUAGUGUCUCCCUGUAGGCUCAAAUGUGAACGGCUAGUGUCUCCCUGUAGGCUCAAAUGUGAAUGCCCAGUGUCUCUCUAUAGGCUCAAAUGUGAAUGCCCAGUGUCUCUCUAUAGGCUCAAAUGUGAACAGCCAGUCUCUACCUGUAGGCUCAAAUAUGAAUGUACUUUUACUAGAUUGUUGUUUUUUAAACAAUUCUUUCUCUGUUGCUUUCUAAUAUUUCUUCUCUUUCUUUGGAUUUCACUUUCUUUCUUUAUUUCAUUAUCUGUCACCCUCUCAUUUUACAUAUGUUUUUUCUAUUUUCCUCACCACUUCACUCUUUUCCAUACCUUUACCCUCCCACAUUUACUUUUUCUCUCCUCCUCUUCCAAAUCUCAGUUACUCUCCCAUUUUUCUUUUUAUAUUCUUUCUAUUUUCCAAACCUUAAAUAUCUUUCCCUGUCUUUUUUCAUUUUUCAUUCAUCUCCAUUCCUUUACAUUUCUCUUUCAUUUAUACUUCGUCCUAAUAUUUCCAUUUUUUCUUUUUUCAUCUCUCAUCAAUAUUAUUCUAUUUCCUUCUCUUUUGACUUUUUGCUUCACCUUUUUUCCCUUCAUUUUGACGUUACUUUUUCCUCCUAAUUUCAUAUCCAUUUUUGAAUCCUUUCAUUUUCAUUACCUUUCUUACUUUCUUUCCUAUCUUUUGUUAUCCUUUUGCACUCUUUCAACUUCUUUUCACAUAUCUUUCUUCUUCUUUCCCAUUAAUUCUUCCCUUAUCUCUUUCUGUCCCUUUUUUCUUUCCCUCUUUCCUUUUCUGUCUUCAUCUUCUUUGUUUGCUUCAACCCAGCCUGACUGA